GCCGAGCUUUCAGGGGCGUCCCCGUCCCGGCCCUGGCGCGCGCUCUGGGCGCCCCCUGGCGGCCGAGCGGAGAGGGCUUCGCGGAGGCCGAGGUCGCCGUCGCGGGUCGGUGGCGCCCGGCUGCGCGGCCCUCCCGGCCGCAGGGGGCGCCCUGAGCGCGGCCGCAGACCUUCCCGCGGUUGCUAGGCGGACGUCUGGUGCGAGGGGGUGAGGCGCUGAUUGGCGGAGUCCGGACCAGGCGGGUGUCGGGCGAAGCCGCGAUUGAGCCGCAGAGGGCGGACCCCGCGGAGCUCUCCGCGCCGAUUGGCCCGCGUCGCACCGGAAGUGUCUCCGCACCGGACGGAGCGGACGGCACUCAAACGCCCGGGCGCCGCUCAUUGGCCGGGGUCGGAGGCGCGUCCCGGCCGCGCGGGGAUUGGGCGCGGGACAAGGCAGCGGCGGCGGCGGCGCGCGAUCCGAGCGAGGCUGGGGCAGGCUGCAUGGGGCGGCGGCGGCGCCGCGUGGACCCGGCGGACGCCGCCGGGGCCCUGCCCGCAGCCAUCACCGCGCUGAGUCGGGCGCUGCCUGGCGGGCCCAGCGCCGAGACCUUCCGCCGCGCCAAGUUCGACCGUCCGGAGGCGGCCCCGGCGCUCUGGAGGCUGCUCUUCCACGUGCUCUCGCCGCGGCCGGCAGACGACGCCGCCGCCUUGCCCACCCCGGAAGCCCAAGCGCGCCUGGUGAAGUCCGCGUUGCGCUCCCAGGGCUACCCUAGGCGUGCGCUGGUUCAGCUCCCCGAGGACGGCUCCCAGGGCAGCCGCGAGCUGCUGCUGGCCCUGUCCUGGCUCCUGGCCCGCGGGCCCCUGCUCGAGCGGCUGCUGGCCCAGAUCCGUGUGCGGCUGGGUGAUGAGAUGCCCGUGUGCGAGGUCCACUCAUACACCCGUGGCUGCCACAGCGACCGCAGCCUUGGCCACCUGUCUGUCACUGAAGCGGAGCUGCUCAGGGACCCGGAGGGCGGCCGGCAGCUGCUGCGGAGGCUGGAGAGUGAGAAUGCACGCCUGGAGGCUGCCUUGGAGUGGCGGCGCCGGGAGCUGGUCUUCUGGCAGUGGAUGGACACAGUCCUGGACGCCUGCCCCCCAGAGGCCUCACAGCCCACGUUUCUGCCCAGGAUCCCUGAACGGGGUGCUGGCGAGUUGGAGCUGGUGGCUCGGGAGCUGCAGGCCCUUCAGGAGGAGCUGCAGGCUGUGGUGGAGACGCGGCGGGCGGCCUGGGAGGCCAGGGUUGGAGGCUGGGGGCCAGGGUGGAAGGCCACGCAGCGGGCCUCAGAGGAAGCCGUAAGACAGGAGCUGACAGCUCUGCAGCGAGCCUGGGAGCGAGGUGGAGGCCUGGCCCAGCCUCAUGGGCCCCACCGGCUGGUGAGGAGUGAGGCUGGGACACUGGGCGGCCCGGGUCUGCGUGCCACCGAGGUGAUCAAGGCGCUGAGGAGCCGGGAGGCCUGCCUGGAGGCGGCCCUGCGCCAGCUACAGGGACAGUGUCGGCAGGAGCUGGCCAGGCUGGUGGGAGCCCUGCCUGGCUUCAUCUGGAUCCUGCCGCCUGGAUGCUGAGGGAUGUGGGGCACCUGUCAUAGCAGCCUGGCUGAGUCCGGGCGGCUGCAGGGACGAUGCAGAGACAGCCCUGGUGGUGCACUCACUCUGGGCCCUGGGGCUCUCCCUACUUUGGAUGGAGCUCAGCUCCUUGGGCAGCAGUGGCAGAGGUGGGCACGGUCUGUCCUCUGUGAGGAGGUCAUAACAGACCCAGUGUGGUGGCUGUGGGCUUUUGGGUCUAGAGAGGACUCAGAAACUGUUGUGGAGGCCUCCCUGCAGGGGCGAGGCUGCUGCAUCCCUCUGCCACCCUCAGGUCUCGGGGGGCUGGGCUCAGUCCCAGGGGAAGGGGACCCUGGGUUUUAGUGACUGAAGCUGGGCUGGUCCGGGCUGCCCAGGUACUAGGGGGACAGGCCUGGCCUGCAGCACAGGGUGGGCGUCAGGGUCCUGGGCGCCCCCUGAAGCCCUCGUCUCAGGCUCCCAUCUCGAGCCACGCCUGGGCCAUGCCUGGGCGUGUGUGUCUGCAUGCCUGUGUGCAUGUCUGUGUGUGUCUCUGUGUGCGUGCCUGUGUGUAUGCAUGUGUGCACACGUGUUUCUGUGUGUAUGCAUGUGUCCACAUGCGUGUGCCUGGUGUGUGUGUGUGCCUGUGUGUGUGUGUCUGUGUGUAUGGUGGGCAGGGGUGCCAGAUGGGAGCCCAGGGGGCUCUGUUCCUUUCCUGGGGGUGGUGCCCUGGGGGUGAGGGGGAGGCCACUGUGGACAGAGGGGUCUUUGUUUCCGAGGCGGCUUGGCCCUGACAAAGAGCCGUCUGUGUCCAGGGAUGUGCCCGCAGCCAGAACAGGGUCCUCUCCAUCCCAGGAGCCUCGGCCUCCCAACGCUCCCCGCUGCAGGCACAGGCCGCCUCAGCCCUGCCUCCCUUGCCAGGCUCCCCUCUUUGCAGGGCAGUUGAACCCGACCCGCUCACUGCUGGGCAGGUGAAGGGGCCCAUUGGAAACCUCCUGCUACCAGCCAGUUCAGGCCUGAGGCCACUUCCAGUCCCUGGGUCCCCUGGGCCCCCCUGCUAGAACAUCCUCUCAUUGCUUUUCCUGCCUGCCUGGGGAUGUGCUGGAGUGACAGCUCAUACCGGGCGGCACCAGCUCUGUCUCGGCCGGUCUGGGCCUCUUGUCCCUGGGUGGGGGGAUAUACCUGUGCUGCCUCUGCAGUGGCCUCAGGAGCACUGGCUGGACCAGGCAGUGGCCAGCAGUUUCUCCCUUUCGGGAGCACAUCCCUGAUCCUGUCCUCAUGGGGUGGCCCCCCAGAGGGCCUCUGGGCCUGUGCCCAGACUUCCUGGCCCAGAGUCCCUUCCUCCACACCCUGGGCUCCCCUCUCAGCUCCUCUCGGGGCUCGUCCCUCCCUGCUGCGCCCUCGACUGUCCUCCGCCCCGCUGGACAGGACCCGUCUCACCUGGAAACAAGUCCGCUUGAAUCUCCCUGCUUCUGUGGACCGCCAUGCAGCCAGGACGCCCACCUGUCCUUGGGAACGUGAUUUUCAGAAACCCAAAUGGAAACCCAAAGUUACGGAGCUGUCACUCCUCAGAUUGGUCUGUAGGUUCAAUACAGUCGCAAGCAAAAUCCCGAGUGUCCGUGUGCGUGUCUGCGGGACUUUAGCUGCUGAUUCUGAAAUACACGGGGCGGAACAGGCCCCGAGAAGCCAAGCCCGUGGGAGGUGGGGUGCACCUAUGGUGGCCCCACAACAGGCUCGUUCUAAGGCUACAGGGACUAGGGGAGCAGGGUGUUUGGCUUCUACUGUUGCCAUAACGGGUGAGUGCACAGGCUUAGAGCCACGCAGGUGUGUGGCCUGGGGUCCCACAUGAUCUCCCAGGCUGAAAUCGGGUGUGGGCAGGGCCCCCAGUCCUCACACAGGCAGCCGUCUCUGACACUCCCCUGCCUCUCCUCCACUUCUGGGGGUCCCUGGCCUCUGUCAGCACCCUCAGUCCCCUUCUGCAUGUGAUGUGACAGGUUCACAGGCCUGACACCAGGGUUAAGACCCCGCCCACCAUCCCCAGACGCAAAGAUGAGGGCCCACAUGCACACUGGAGCCCAGCUGGGGCCAGCACCGGCAGCCGGGCUGCUCCGGACGAGUCAGUGUCCCUGAGGACCGGGCGUGGGUCCCACGGGGUUCCCUACUGAGACAAAGACAAAUGUCCUUGCAGAGUUAAGGACAGCAGGCUCCAUUAGGAGAGGACAGACUCUGUCAAAACUGGAAACCACUGUUUAUUACAUGACCGCGACGAAGAGGAAAAGAAGCCAGAGUGGGAAAUUUAUUUGCAGCGUCUGUACCCUGCAGAGUUGACAUGGAGAAAACAGAACUCUACAGUUGUGAAAAAGCGGAGAGUGAACGAGCAGAACCCAAGGGCAGGCGCUGCAGAGCAGAGGACACAGGAAGUCAGCUAGGUCAGUCAAGCGCUGGCUUUCCCGGGACCAGGGACCAGGGACGCGCAGGGUGCGAUGGCCUGGGAGCCCCGCGGGGGCGCCCUGGGAGCCGGCGUCCGUGGUUGCCGACGGCCUCGCGCUGGGCAGAGGCGGGUGCAUUCGAACCGCCGCCUUGGGAAGCGCUUGGGCGCCGGGAGCGCGCGCGGGGCCUCGGAGCAGCGCUGGGAAGCGCAGAACGUGGAGCGCGCCCUGACCUCGGUGGGAGAGCGGACCAGAGAGAGCGCCGCGAGGGCAGAGUCGGCAAUGCGGGCGGCCGGCAGCCUCCUGGGAUCGGGACUGAAGAAAGUCUUCGUCUUCGAGAAAACACGACAAGCUGCAGAAGAGGACGCGCAAGGAGGCCGUUAAAAAAAAAGCCAAACCGAGCCGCACGGAUGGGGAAGGGACUGGCACUUGUGCAGUGACGUCGUCGUUGCAGCCGGGCGGCCCCCGGAGAGGGGGGCGUGGGGGGGCCGCGCCGCGGGGCGCGGAUCAUGCAGCAUACUUCCCACACGGCACCUCUUCUUUGGGUGCAUCAGGGGUGACAGGAAAAGCCCGCAGAGGGAGAUCCACGUGCACUGCCGCGCGGGCCCCGCCUCGUCUCCUGCACUCACGCCGCUGUCUUGUCCUCUUUCAACUUCCUGGUCCCUUUGGCUCCUGACCUUAACCCCGCCUGGCGGCUUCCCACUUCCUUCAGUUCAGGGUCCCCUCAUGGUGUUGGUCGGCCUUGACCUGACCCUGGCUUGGGGGGCGUGGCUGGCUGGAACACAGGCGGGUCGGGACCACAGCCCUCCAGCCCGCACCUCUGCCGGACACCGGAGGGGUGUUCCCUGUGUCCUGCCCAAGUCCGGAUUCGGGUGGAGAGGAGUGUUUCUCAGCGGCAUUUAGGAAAGAAGUCUGGGUGGUGGGGCACAGUUGGCGACCUUGGUCCACAGCCCCCUCCACCCUGUGUCCUCUCCUGUGGUUGCAGCCAGCAGCCAUGAAGUCGCCUGCCUGCUUCUGGCCCUGCCUUGAGUGUGUGCUCAAUCCCCACGCUCCCCUGUCCCCCCACAGGGUCUUGGGCACUGAGUGCAGCUGGCUGCUGUCCUCCUCUCUGUCCCUUCGUGGCCAUGAUGGGCUGUUCCUCCACUCAUCCAUCAAUGUGAACCAGGAUUCACCUGGUGCCUAAUGUGUGCCAGCCCGGGGUCAGGGUAGGGCAGAGGGCCAAACGCCUCCUCUGGGGGAGAGCAAACACCAUAAAGGAAUGUGUAUAACUGGGCAGUGGCUGUGGCUAUGCUAGGUCGGGUCGAAGUGAUGGAAAGGGUGGUGGUCAGAGGAGGCCUGCCCCAGGGGAGGCGAGGAUGCUGAGUGUCCUGCCCAGGAGGGUGGUCCAGGCAGAGGCAAUGGGGUGCUUGUCAGUGGGCUGCGUGGGGUGAGCUCAGAGAGGAGGUGGGGUGGGGCUGUAGACUCUGGUCCCUGGUUGGGACUUUGGGCUUCUCCUGAGCAUGGGGCGGGGACAACUGGCCAGGGCCAGGGUCUAGUCUUCGUUCCAAAAGGCCCCUUCUGCUGCUGGGUGGAGAGGUUCUGGGCUUCCGAGGGAAGGCAGGUGAGGAGUGCUGGGUUUGGGCCCAGUGGAUUCUGGUAGAUUUGGGGUCUGGGAUCUGUGGUGGUGUUGGUUGUGGGGCCUGUGAGCUGGGAGCUUCUAAGUUUUUGUCUUCUGGUUUGCCUAUAUUCUUUAUUUACAAUCCCCAAGAUUUUGUUUUCCUUUUCUUUUACGGACAGUUUUUUUUGUGUGUGUGGUAAAAAACACAUAACAUUAAGUUUACCAUCUUAACCAUUUUUAAGUGUACAGGUCAGUAGUGUUAAGUAUAUUCACGUUAUUGUGCAACAGAUUGCCAGAACUUUUUCCAUCUUGGAAAUCUGAAAAUCUAAAAUCUAACAAUUUGCUUACGGUUUCCCUUUGUCGAACAGAAAGUCUUAAUUUUGUUAUGCAGUCAUGUGCCGCAUAACAAUAUUUUGGUCAGCGACGGACUGCGUAUAUGAUGGCGGUCCCAUAAGAUUAGUGCCACAGAGCCUGGGUGUGUGGUAGGCUGGACCAUGUAGGUUUGUGUGAGUACACUCUGUGAUGUUCGCACAAGGACUAAACUGCCUAACAACGUAUUGCUCAGAAUGUAUCCCCGUUGUUAAGUGAUACAUGGCUGUAAUUGAUUUUUUUGCCCCUUAGUUUUUACAAUUAACAUUUGAAGACAUACUUCCCUCUCCUAGAUCCAUAUUCUCCUAGAUUCCCUCCGAUCAGUUUUUUCUUUCACAUUUAGGUCUUCACUCCAUCCAGAGUCCGUCUCUGCAGGUGGUGUUACGUAGGAAUCCAGGUUUUUUCCAUAGAAUGAACCAGUUUCCAACACCAUCUAUGGACAAACAUUUCUUUCCUCAUUGAUCUGUGCUGUCGCUUCCUCCAUAUUCAGUUCCCGUCUGUGAACUGACCUCCCUUCUGUCUCACUGGUGGUUCCCACACCAGUGCCAUGUUGCUUUCAUUACCACGUGCUUCAUCCGGGUUCAACGAGAGGAUGGGAACCAGUAGGGGAUCUAUAGGAAGAGAUUUAUUGCUUGUUAUUGCUGCUGUAGGAAGACGCUGGGAGGACUGUGGUUUCAUCUUGGCCGCCUUGCUAAUGCUUAGCCGGUCAGCAGCGGUGAGGGUGGCUGUCCCGAUUCUCAGUCUUCAAGGGUGGGCAUCUAAGAUCUUUCCAUCAAGUACGGUGCUUGCUAUAUGCUUUUGGUAGGUAACUUUCUAUAACUUUUAGAAAGUUUUCUUCCACUCUUAUUUUCCUAAGAGCUUUUUUAGAAUCAUAAAUAUCAGAUGCCUUGUCUUCAUUAGUCAAGACAAACAUAUCAUUUUCUCCUUUACUCUAUUGUAAUGAAUUACAUUACAUUAAUUCCAUCAACACCCUUUCCCCAUGUUAAACCAUUCUUGCUUCCCUGUGAUAAAACCUAUUUGAUCAUGAUGUUUUGACUUUUUAAUAUCCGGUUGGUUUUGGUUAGCUAAAAUUUUAUUUAGGACUUUCAUAUCUAUGUUCAAAGUGAAAUAGGUCUAUAAUUUUCUUUCUUUCUUUGUAUUUUCAUUAUUAUGUUUUGGAAUCAAGAUUACAUUGAUCUCAUUGCAGCCUUUGCAAUCUAUUUUCUGGAAUAACUUGUUAAGGUAGGAAUUAACACUUCCUUGGAAAUUUGGUAGAACCAUCUGGACCUUGGAGCUGUGAGGAGGAGAGGCUCUUGAUUAUUAUUCCAAUUUCUUUAAUAUUUACAUGCUCAGGAACAAAUUCUCCAUGCUUAAAGCCAAUUUUAGUAUUUUAUAUGAAAAAUGGAAAUAAUGGUUUAUUUCUCCACUUUCCCUGGUAAUUCUGUUAAUUAUUGCUUGAUAUACUUUGAGGCUAAAUUGUUAGGUAUUUUUAUGUU